AACGGGCAGCGCGUGCGCAGGCAGCUCCAUCCAGCAAGGGAAGCUUGAAUUUCUCUGGGAUUCCCGAUCUGCAGUGCAGAGCAAAGCGGAGGAUCGUGUGGAAGCAGCUGCUGGGCUCGCAGGCGCGCUCUAAAGGGGAUUUAAGCCGCAGAGAGAGCGGGAGAGGCAGGGACCGAUUCACCAUUGAUCUGAAUUAAAUACUUCUCUCUCUCUAAAAAAUCUGCCCUUUUGAGUUUUAUCCUUUGCAUCAGGUGACAGCACAUAACGCAAACUGCAGAAUGGGGAAACAGAAUAGCAAACUGGCCCCUGAAGUGAUGGAGGAUCUGGUGAAGAGCACGGAGUUCAACGAACAUGAACUCAAACAGUGGUACAAAGGAUUUCUAAAGGACUGUCCUAGUGGUAGACUGAACCUUGACGAAUUUCAGCAGCUUUAUGUAAAGUUUUUUCCAUAUGGAGAUGCUUCAAAGUUUGCCCAACAUGCCUUCAGAACCUUUGAUAAGAACGGCGAUGGAACCAUUGACUUCAGAGAGUUCAUUUGUGCAUUGUCCAUCACCUCAAGGGGUAGUUUUGAACAGAAACUAAACUGGGCCUUUAAUAUGUAUGACUUAGAUGGCGAUGGUAAAAUUACAAGAGUGGAGAUGUUGGAAAUUAUAGAGGCCAUUUACAAGAUGGUGGGUACUGUGAUAAUGAUGAAAAUGAAUGAGGAUGGUCUCACGCCGGAGCAACGAGUAGACAAGAUUUUCAGCAAGAUGGAUAAGAACAAAGAUGACCAGAUCACACUGGAUGAAUUCAAAGAAGCUGCAAAGAGUGAUCCUUCCAUUGUAUUACUCCUGCAGUGUGACAUUCAAAAAUGAGCUAAUGUAAAAUGCAUUAUGGACUGCACAGAAGUUUAGAUGUUCCAUUCAGUUUGCAGCUAUUUCCACACACACACAAAUUGCUUGGACUACCUAUAAAUGGACUUGCUUCUUGUGUUUGAAACACUCGUGUGCAUGAGAAUGUCAUUUGCUAAAGAAUUUUAAAAGUAUAUAUUAUAAAAAUAAACGGCCACAAUGUGAUGUGUGCAAUGUCAUUUCAUAACAACCCUAUUCCUCUGAAGCCUGUGCAGCAGAACCGUGCUGCAGUGAAAUACUAUUGAUUGUUCGUUUUACUGACGCUAGCUAUGUGUCUCCUAGCCUGAGUAAUGUUAGUGACACUGACUUCCCAUGGUAAUGUAACUGUUGAUUAUAAACCAUGUCACCAUUCUGCUGUAAAGUAGUACUGGACAGACAGAGGCGAAAGUUCCUCAGUUCAUGAGUCUGAUCCACACAUGUGCUUGUAUUGUCAGUGAAUAUAAAUGUAAUUCAUUUGCAUGCCUUUUAGGUUUGCCUUAAUUCUUACCUCAUUUGCAUCCUUUCAGUCUGGAAAGAGCUAUGUCAGAGGAAUGCAGUAUAAACAAAGUUAAGUAAAUCCUGCUAAAAUGUUCCCUUAAUUAAAAAGUCUAUCUACACAUUUAAAAUAUUGUUUUACUGGAAGUUUAAAAAAGUUUUAUUGGAAGUUUAUUGAUUUCUGCCUGAAUUUUCAAAAGCUUCUAAAGAGAUUGCAAUAUAUGUCCAAAAUAAAUUUAUAACAUUUGA